AUGAAUACCAAAACUUCAUUGAAUAGUGCUAGUAAGAUGAUAAAUCUUGUUUUGCCAAAUAAUUACAACAGAGACAGAAUACAAACAAACGAUCAGCAAAAUGUAAGUAAUCAAUUAAAAUCAAUUAAUAAAAUGAAAAAUGUUCAAAAAUGGGUAAACUCUAUUCCAUUGAAAAUAAAUGAAGAUACAGAAGUUGUCUUUUCUAAUCAAGAUGAAGUAGAUGAACAAAUAACUCAAGACUCUAUGACUUGUGUUCAAGAUUGUAUAGUUAUUAACAUACCAACAGCAAUUAAUAAUAAUGAACUGAGCACUAAUAAUAAAAAUACAAACUGCCUAGAAAACUGUAGUAUUAUUAAUAAUGAUGUUACAUUUGAAGUGAACAUGUGUACAAAUGAUUAUAAUAUAAAUAAUAUUAUAAUUAAUGAAGCUAAUAGCAUAAACAAUAGUUGUCAUACCAUGGAGGUUGAGGUACUUGAAGAUGCAAAUAAUUAUGAUAAUACACAGAUUGGUGUAAGUGCCUACAAGAAAUUGUCUAGAGGUAAUAAACGCAAGAUAAAUGCAACACUCAGAAUAGAAGGAAAAUCAUAUAAGACUAGAAAAGGGACUGUAAUUAAAGAAAAAUCUGUCCAACCAAACCCGUGCUACUCAAAAAAGUGUCAAAAUAGUUGUGGUAUUAUAACUGAAGAAUUAAGACAAAAUGUUUUCGAAGCAUUCUAUGAACUAGAUGGUCAGCAGAGAAAAGAUUUUCUUAUAGCAUCAAUACAGACUGAGCCAGUAAAAAGAAGAUACUCAAGUUCUACUGAUAUUAAAAAAACCUGUUCAAAUUCUUAUUUUCUACCAAUUGAUGGUGUAAUGACAAAA